AACCUCUGUGAAUCGAUGGAGUUGGUUUUCGAUUUUUGGCUGGAUAACCUAAAGCUCCAUUAUUCUUCUAACAACUGGACCGCCACGCUCCGUUGUUCCUCUAACAACUGGAUCGCCGUGUCGUCGCCACUCUCCGUCGCGGCAGCGGCACCCUCCUCCUGUAGCUGUCAUCGCGCCUUUCUCCUUUCCGAUUCUCGCCAUCGUGUUUUCGCCGUCCCCUCAUUUUUGUUCUUCUUUCCAGCUGCCAGCAGCAACCAUCCACGCUACCUCCCGCCCCUUGUUCAUCUUCCCUCCGAUUUCCGGCGAUUGGCAACCGACUGACUACUCUCUCUGGAAAUCUGCUACUUUUUAGUAAGGAUUUUUCAUUCUGAGCAGCCUGAUCUGUAAGUUAAAGAGGCAGCUCAAAUGCCAGCUGCUUCCCUUGUGUGUUUCCAUUCUUUGAUCAGUGGUGCAGUUGAACACCGUCUCAUGAGUCGGGUGAAGCACUGGAACCGAAAUUGUUCAUUAAAAAUCUCUGCUUCUUUAUCUGAUCAGUCAUUCCAACCUGCAGCUAAGAGCCUUCCUAUCACUUCUAAGGUAGAAACACUAUUAGACAGUGUCAAAUGGGACAGCAAAGGGUUGGCAGUUGCUAUUGCACAAAACGUGGACACUGGAGCUAUUUUGAUGCAGGGUUUUGCAAACAAAGAAGCACUCGCAGUUACCAUUGCAUCUCGGAAGGCAACUUUCUACAGUAGAUCAAGGUCAACCUUGUGGACGAAGGGAGAGACCUCUAUGAACUUCAUAAAUGUCCAUGACAUUUUUCUUGAUUGUGAUCAUGAUUCAAUCAUAUACCUUGGGAAGCCUGUUGGACCAACCUGCCAUACUGGAGCAGAGACCUGUUACUAUUCUUCUGUAUAUGAUCUUUUGGGUGAUCAAGAGUCCAUCCAAGAUCAUCUAGCAUCUACAACCUUAUACUCAUUGGAGGCGACAAUUUCACAACGCAAGGAUGAAAUCGACUCAUUGAAAAAUGGAAAAUCAUCAUGGACGAAGAAGUUGCUUCUUGACAACGAGUUACUUUGCUCCAAAGUCAGAGAAGAGGCCUCAGAACUUGUAGAAACAUUGCUCCAAAAUGAAGACAAGACUCGAACUGCAUCUGAGAUGGCAGAUCUGAUAUACCAUGCAAUGGUAUUGCUCAAGCUUAAGGAUGUAAAAAUGGAGGAGGUCCUUGAAGUCCUUAGAAAAAGAUUCUCUCAGUCGGGCAUCGAGGAAAAGAGCAGCCGAAAGAGGUCUAGCAACCAAAGCUGAAUCAAUGGCCAAGCCUGGUACAACGAUCCAAGCUCGAACAUGACAAUCUUUAUCCUUAAUUAUGUUUCUUGAAGUAAGAAUUAUUAUGCAUGGACAUUCAAAUUUCCUAAUUUUAUCAUCACCUGUAUGAGUUUAAUGUAUCGUAGUUAUAAGUUGUAAUCCAUUUUGAUAGUGUUAUUUUGGAUAGAUCCUA